AAGAAGAGGAGAUUGAAGAUGUUAAUUCUUUACAAGAAGAAUUCAGUGAUGAAAGUACAAGCACAAUAUUAGAUACAGACAAUGAAAAUGCAGAAUCCGAUAAGUCUGAUGAGUUCAAUGAAAAUAAUGAAUUUGGGCUUGAAAUGGGAGAUGAAUUUGAGGAUUGGGACUUAGUUGAAAAACAAGUUGAUGCUCAUGCAAUGAAAUUUGGAUUUGAAGUUGUAAAGCGUCGCCUUGAAAGAGAUAAACAUGGCAAUAUUAAACGUCGUACAUUUGAAUGUAGGAACUCACACCAAUACAAUCCUAAGAAAAAAGCUGAUAUUGAAAAUAAUCAUGAAACUAAAAGUGCAAAAGCCAAUUGCCCAUGGAAAGCCAAUUUUUAUCUUUCUGAUGGUAUCAUACGUAUUACUUCAAUAUCCAAGGAACAUAAUCAUGAAUUGAUUAAAGAUAUACAAAACAUAGCAUCAAAAUUUUCUCGUUUUACCCCAGAAAUGCUUGAGGAGAUUGAAUUCCUUGUAAGUAUUGGUUGUGGAGCAGGUCCAAUCAUACGUGGGCUUCAAAAACGUUUUCCAAAUGCAACAGUUCAUCCAAAAAGUGUGUAUAAUGCAAUAUGUUGUUUCCGAAAUAAUCUGAAGAUGAUAAAAACUGAUGCUGCUCAAACUUAUGACAAGCUAAUACAGUUGCAACGUGAAGAGCAUGGUUGGUUUGUUGAGGCAAGAUUAGAUGGAGAAGACAAUCAUCUUACUGGUUUGUUUUGGAUGAGACCAUCACAAAUUGAUUUAUGGCAACGAUUUCAUGAUGUUGCAAUUAAUGAUAAUACAGCAAAAACCAACAAAUAUCAAAUGUAUCUUUCACUUACAAUUGUUGUAGAUAAUCAUGCACGUUCUCGGAUGGCAGCAACAGCUGUUGUAUCAGAUGAAACCAAAGAGACCUAUCAAUGGAUUCUUGAAUGUUUAUUGUGUGCUACCAAUGGCCUUGCACCAUGUGUAAUAUUUACUGAUGCAGAUGCUGGUAUGGUUGCUGCUAUCCAUGAAACACUUCCAACAACAAAACAUAAUCAUUGUAUUUGGCAUAUACGUAAGAAUAUCGAAAAAAAUUUGAAAGGAAAACUUAAUAAUAAAUAUGGUGAUUUCAUAAAAGAGUGGAAUAAUUGCAGAAAUAGUUUUUCUGAAAAUGAGUUUCAAAAACGAUGGCAUGACCUUUUAAUUAAUUAUCCAGCAGCACAAAAAUAUCUUGAAUGUGUUCUUGGAACAGAUGUAACAAGUUGGGCAUUAUGUUUCACUCAUCGAUCAUUUAAUGCUGGGAUCCAGUCAACUCAGCGUGUAGAAAGUUACAAUUCAUUAAUUAAACAAUCAGUCAAAUGCUCUACAACAUUAUUUGAACUAGAUACACAAAUCCAGUUACAACUUAAUAAAGAAGAGCAAUUUGAACGACAGGAACAAAUUAAUCAUAACCCAACAGUUGGUCUACCUAAUAUUAUUA